AUAUCAUAUAAUAAAUGAUCAAAGGUAUAUGUCAUUGACCUUAAACCCACAACUACAAUCAUCAUCAUUAUUUUGCUUUCAACUCAUAAACAUUGAAAACAACCAAACACCGAUCAAAAUAUUUUCAAGAAAAAAUGAAUUUUAUUUUCAAAUAAUAAUCGUUAUCGAUUCACAGAUUAGAUUAGAUAAACAAAAAAUGUUUUCAACAAAAAUCAAUCGAAGUAAUAAAACAAUGAUUAUUGGAUUGUUAAUCUUAUUCCUGAACAUCUCUUCCACUACCAAUCAACGAUCCAAAAUUUUAUCCAGUUCAACAAAAUCAUCACAAUGGCAAGGAAUUUCACCUACGCUAAAUCAAUCGUCAUCCGGAUCAGUAUCGUCAUUACAACAGCCAACUCAACAACGUAUUCAUCAAUUGAAUAAAUCACAAAAUGAACAAUGGAUUGGUAAUGGUCAUCUGCAAUUUACAUUCGAUUUAUUGGCCGCUAUAUUUAUGAAUAGUAUUGAUUUGAAAACUGGAAAUUUCGACUCGAUUGUAUUUUCCCCAUUCAGUAUUCAAUCAAUGUUAAUGAUGAUACAUUUAGGUGCUAAAGGUGUGACGCGAAACGAAAUUACCAAAAUGUUGCAUUUGGAUCCAUCGGAAAAUAAUGUUACAUUUUCCAAAACACAUGAAGCUUAUAGCCAAGCUGUCAAAAGUUUAAUCGACGAUUCAAACAUAAGUAAAUCAUUGCAUAGUGCUAAUCAGAUUUUUGUGCAAGAAACGCUGCAAGUUUCCCCAACAUAUUUAUCCGCAUUGAAUCAUUAUCAUUUUUCCUCGAUUCGUUAUCUGAAUUUUGCGAAAGAAUCGAAUCAAGUAUUAACCACGAUUAAUGAUUGGAUUGAAAAACAAACCCAACAUAUGAUUACCAACUUCCUCACAACACCACCAUCACCGGCAACAACAUUAAUGGCUGUUAAUGCUAUCCGGUUUAAAAGUGAUUGGCAAUAUCGUUUCGAUCCAAGCGAUACCGAAAAAGCAGCCUGGUUUCGAAUGUUGAACGGCCAAAUGACGUCAGUCGAUAUGAUGGUCGGUCAGCAUCCGGUGGCAUUUGCAUAUAGUCCAUCGCUUCAAACAUCAAUCAUAGAAUUGCCAUUCAAAAUGCAACGUUUAAGUUUUUUCCUUCUACUUCCUAACGAUACUUUUGGUCUGUUUUCAUUGUUGAAUUCAUUGAACGCAACUGCAUUUGCUGAUCUAAUUUAUUCGAUGCGUAAAGUUGGCAACAAUAACAACAACGGUGAUAAAACAUUUGGAGCAGGAUCACCAAGUGGUGGUGGUGGUGUGAAUAUUCGUAUACCAAAAUUUUCGAUAAGUUCAAUGCCACGAAUUAGUGAAAUAAUGAAAACCCAAAUGGGUGUGAAAAGUUUAUUUUCAACUGAAUCAGCUAAUCUAGAAGCUAUGUUCAAUCGCUAUAAUGGCCGUAUUCAUAUGGGUGAUUUAUUACAUAAAGCUAUCAUCAAAAUUGAUGAACAAGGUAGUAUUGGUGCAGCUGUAAGUACAUCAUCUAUUGAACGUAUCGGUGCAUUUAAUGGACCUUAUUUUGAAGCUGAUCAUCCAUUCAUUUAUCUAUUGAUGGAUAAACAAACUGGCUUGGCAUUGUUUGCCGGUAUUUAUGCUGGACCAUCAAAAGAUGAUCAAAAAGAAAUACAAAAAUCAUCAACAUCAACAUCUACAGCAACAGCAAAAACACCAAUCCAACAACCAAUGAAAAAUCCCAGUCAACCGCAAACGCAACCACAAUCGCAAUCGCAACCACAAUCAUAUCAUCAUCGUUUACAUUUAAAUCAAUAUACAAUAUUCGGUAUGCAAACUGAUAAUAUUGAUAAUAAUAAUAAAAUGAAAUAUAAAUUGUAAAAUCUUUUUUCUAAA